AUCCAUUAUUUAAAGUGGAAUAUUAGUGUCUCCAAUUUUUAUUUUAGAACUGUGUUUCUCCCUUCAAUUCUGUCAAUUUUUUGCUUGUGUGUUUUGAUGGUCUAUUAUUGGGCACAUAAAUAUUUAACAUCCUAAAGUUAUAACACUCUAAUUUGAGUUUAUACCAGCUUAACUUCCUGUGUCCUGUUGUAUGCUAAGUUUUUCUGGACCAAUGUUAGCUACUUAUGUGUCCUGUCUUUCCCUUAGGACUUAUAUCAUCCCAGUCUCAUGUAGUUGCUCAUUUGGGUCUAGGAAAAGAGUCAUCAGUGCUUCAGAUGAUGUUCAUGGCUUUAGCCUCAGUAAGAUGAGCUCAGAGAGGUCCUGAGCCAGGUGAAUGGAAGCUGGGGGAGGGCAUGACAUUAGGGUAUGUUCAGGUCAUACCAGGGACCUGUCCUGUUUGACUUACAUUUUGGUGCCAUUUCCAGAGGCACCUCACUUCUAUCUUCUCUUUUUCAUUUUUGACAGUUUACCAACUUGUCAUUUCUACUACCUGUUAUUUUUAUUCUGACUUCCAGCCCAGGGCUCAUUUCUACCUCUCUGGUCUCCUUAUCUCACCUGUUUCUCAUACUGUCCUCUCUGUGUGUUUUCUAAUAUUGUUGCAUCCUGAGGUAUGCAUAUAUCCUUUAAUAGUCUCAACACCAGUUGCUUUGUCAGUCACAUUUUCUAGGGCCUGGAAGUACACUUCACAGCAUUACAUGUUACCAGCAGAUAUGAUCCUGCUAAAAGCCAUUGAUAGAGGAAUGAAUUAUAGAGCAUGCCUCUAAUCCUUUGGCCACACCCUGUCCUUGUGUCUUGGACCUGGUAAAGCCUACCCCAUUCUGUGAUGUUAGGAGCUCAGUAAUGCACAGCAGUUGCUUUCUCAACCUGACCCCCAACUCCCUUUUCCUGAAAACAAUCCCAUGGACUGGUUCUUUGCAGUGUCAGAUGUACAUAUGUGAUUGUAUUGCCCCCCUCCUAAUAAAGGCAACAGGUACUUCACCAUCACUUCUUUGCUUUUAGGUGGUUGGUUUGGAGUGGAGCAUGCAGAGGCACCUUCUGAACAGAGCAUUUCUGUAGGAGUGUCACAGCCCCAGAUCCAGGGGUGGUAUAUAAUAUCAUAUUGGAGACCUGGAGCUGUGGCUGGAUAAAGAUUUCAUCAGUGACUCAAUCAACAGGAAAGUUGUAUCCAAUCACAUCUUUAAAUGAGUCAUCGAUCCUAUACCUAUAAAAGGGAAGAGCCUUGAGAAGUCACGUCAGGUUAACCCAGUGCAGAAAGGCAGUCACACUUCAGCUCAGCGUUCAGCCCAGGAUUACCCGGAUUGAAGUUCAACUGAGAAGGAGUCUUUAAGUAUCUACCAAUUGUUGAAACAGAUCCCCAGAGACACAGACAGUAGAGACUGAAUUGUCAAAGUCGAACCCCUCUGAGAACUAUCGCUAAGAAUGGCUUUAGAUCUCAGAAUCUCAUUCCAAUGUGAACCAUCCAGAAAUGAUCUUGAGUCAGAAAAUAUGGAGUUUAAACCAACCCAGGGAACUGCUGUCCAGAGGGAAGAGGGGAUCUCUGAGUGCUCAAGUACUCAGCUCAACUCAUUUCAAAACAGCAAUAACUCAUUUGCAAAGCAGGAACUGCAAAGACUCCAUGAAUUUUUUCACUCAUGGCUGCAGCCAGAAAAGCACAGCAAAGAUGAAAUUAUUUCUCAAUUGGUCCUAGAGCAGUUUAUUAUUAGUGGCCACUGCAGUGACAGGUCCACUUUGAAAGAGAAAUGGGAAUCAAAUGGCAGAAACCUGGAGAAAUUAAUGGAAGAAUUGACUGAUGAUUGUAUGAAGCCACCUGUCUUCGUCCAUGUCCACAUGCAGGGACAGGAAGCCCUCUUUUCUGAGAAUAUGCCAUUAAAAGAAGUCAUUGUUCAUCUUACAAAACAGUUGUCAGCAGGAACCCCAACCGGAGAGAACAUUAAGACACCCUUCCAGACUCCCCAAUAUACUGCCCAAGAAACAGGACAAGGAGAUGAAGAUAAAGAAGAUAGCCACAUUUUUUUGAAAAUUCAUCAAGUAAAUUACAGUGUUAAUAGUCAAGGAAAUCAAGUAUCUUCCCUUCAUAUUCUCCAGCAAGGGAACUGCCUUGGGCCUGAAGAGGAAGGUGUUUCUUAUGAGAACCCUCACAAUACCAGCAGAGCAGGACUGGGAACCUCCAGGUCCCAGGAAGGGUCCCUUCAAAGACCCUCUUAUCACGAUGUCCCUAAGGAGGUAAAAUCAAGGUUUCUCUUAGAGCCAGACCAGAUUUCCCCUGAGCCUAUACCUACCCACCAGAGCAUUAAGAGAAACUCCUCAUGUGAGGGGGAACGAGAAAGAUUCAACAGAGCCCCCAAAUUUUACAAAUGUGGGGAAUGUACCAAGAUCUUUAGAUAUCCGUCUCAUUUAUUGGCCCACCAGAGAAGACACAGGAAUGAGAGGCCAUUUGUUUGUGCUGAGUGUCACAAACGCUUCUUCCAGGCAUCAGACCUUCACGUGCAUCAGAUGAUUCACAGAAGAGAGAAGCCUUUCACAUGCAGCAUGUGUGGAAAGUCCUUCAGCCACAAAACCAACCUGCAGGCUCAUGAGAGAAUCCACACAGGAGAGAAGCCCUAUAUGUGUUCCUUUUGCCAGAGAAGCUACCGCCAGUCAUCUACCUACCACCGCCACCUGAGGAUUCACCAGAAAGUUACCCUCAAGUGUUUCCCCUCCAUACCAGAGGAUUCCUCUGCUACUGCCCUGAUGUAAUGUGUGUAAAUAUAUAUGGGUGUGUGUAUAUUUCUGUAAUUCUUGGCUAUUUAGAAUAUACCAUGUAAUUUCCUGAUUAAGCUUUCCAUUUAUUGUCU